UGCCGGAUCCCCUUCCAACCCUGAUUCAAACCCAGGCCGCAGCGGCGAGAGCGCUGCACCUUAACCACUAGCCGAUUAAAGUGUGAUGUAAUAUUUUCAGUGUAUAAACUAUAAUAGUGGAUGUUUGCCUUAUGAUCAGCUGGACUCCCAUUUUUCUUAAAUACAUCACUGUAUGCAGAAAAUUAGAGCCCAAACCUGGAAAUGUCUGAAAAUUAACCAAAAACAUCAUUUUAAUUCAGUUUUCCUGUUCAGGUUUAGUUCACAUGUGACAUUAGCCUACCCUGCAUCAGGACUCUAACUUACUUUAUCAUUUCACUGGUAAGUUCCACAUCUGUGACUGAAGUUAUGUUGUUUGUCAAGUCAGUGAGGUCAGUGCGAUUUCCAUCCUGACCAGCAGCUGAGAGAAGGGACAGGGAUGUACAUGUUGCUCUGACCCAGAGCACUUGCACAUUAAGUAUAUAAAAAGAUGUCAUGAUUUGGAAAGAGAGUUGUUGUCUUGCAUGGUGCUCUGAGUGAGAAUGAGGAGCAAACCCAUGUCUUUAGGAAAGUACCGAUGUUGCUGAGGUGGGUCUUAUGAUGGAAAAUUUACUCCUGACAGCAAGACCUCAAGUCUGUGGCAUCCUGUUGGCAGGUUACUACGUGUGUGCCAUUGCUUUGUGCACUGAACUCUACCUCUGCAUAGUUCUCCUUUUCUCUUUAUUUUCAACUCUUAAAAUGGCAAUUUAAUGAUGAGUUUCUGUGCUAACAUCAAGUCAACUGCUCUAACACUUUGCCAUUUUUCACUGAUACUUUCAACAAGUUUCACAGUAUUCUGCUGUCAAUGUAUUAUAUUUUUUAUAGUGAGUCCCUCAUUCUGAAUUUGCCAAACUCAGAUCUCUUACCCUCUUUGUUCUCUCUUCUUCUUGUUAGGUUUUCAACCAUGAUUUAAAGAACUUCUCUAAUGUCUGCUCUUCUAAAGAAAUGUUUAGAAAAUCAUGGAAGGUGUGGCUCAUUGUGAUGAUCUUCCUCCGGAUCCUGAUACUCCUUUUUGCUGGUUACCCCCUCUACCAGGAUGAACAGGAGCGAUUUGUGUGUAACACCAUUCAGCCUGGUUGUGCCAAUGUGUGCUAUGAUUUCUUCUCUCCCAUCUCUCUCUUCCGCUUCUGGCUGGUGCAGCUCGUCACCUUGUGUUUCUCCUACAUCAUCUUUAUCAUCUAUGUGGUCCAUACAUUGUCAAAUGCCCUCACUGUGGAUCUGAACUCUUGUGGUCACAUCAAAGACAUGUCACUGUUCAAGAUCCACCAGGAGCCUUAUAGCAAGAUGUCUGAAAACAAAAUGCCUGUGGUGGCUGAGCGAGGCUGGGCCCCAUGCUUCACUGGAGCAUAUAUCCUACAUCUGCUGCUCAGGACUUUGCUGGAGACAGGGUUUGGAGCAGCUCAGUACUAUCUGUUUGGUUUCUACAUCCCCAGGAGGUUCCUUUGCCAGCAUCCACCAUGCACUACCCAAGUGGACUGCUACAUUUCCAGGCCCACUGAGAAGACUGUGAUGCUCAACUUCAUGCUUGGUACAGCUGCUCUGUCCCUUUUUCUAAAUGUGUUAGAUUUCAUUUGUGCCAUCAAGCGCUCAAUGAGGCAAAAAAGCAAGAGGAAUAUGAUGAUGGAGAAGAUAUAUGAGGCAGAGCAGUGCUUCCUUUCAACCACAGAAGGCUCCAGGGAACUUGACUUAAACACCCGAGUGGCUCAGCGAGAUAUACAGGGAGAAGCUAGUCAAUCAGGGAGUUUCCGGAAGAGACAAGGCAGCUCUGGCUCUUGUGCAGGGGUAGUGCUUACUCUAGGUCAUGAAUCACCUCUUCCUUGCCCUCAAGAACCUUCAGGCUGCAACACCAAUGGGAACAAUGACUAUUCUGUUUCCCAAGAGGGGACCCCAGAAAGGAGUGGCAGUAAGGUGGCUCUCUGUCCCCCAGAGCCACUGGGGACAUCCAAACCCAUCUGUGUUGGCAAACGCAGUCGGCUAAAACCGCCACCUCCACUCAGACAGGACCUUAGGCUGUCCCCAGGAAGGUCACCAACACCCACAGCAACAACAAUUUGUACCAGAAGGGUUGAUCAGUAUAUGCUGGUUGAGCUAGGUAGUGGCUCAGAGCUACAGACAAACAGUGAUGGGCAGGAAAAAAGAUCAGCGUGGGUAUGACUUGAAAAGAGUUAGAUUGAUUUAUUUCAGUUAUUUUGGAACAUAAAAACAGGACAAAUAAGUGUGAGUGCAAUACGAGAAACAAACUAAGAUGCUGUAAAGUUUACACAGUGGCAGCAACUGUUGAAGCCAACAUCUUGCCAGGUUUUCUACCUUAUUUUACAACACAAACUGUGCUUGAGAAGAAUCCAACACAGCAAUGCUUUUACCAGGACACCUUUGACAUGUAAGAUGGUUUUUAUCUUGCCAUUAGAUCACACAGACUGUGCAUUUUCUUUGUCAGUGAUGCAAAGUGGACACAACAAGUCAAGAAUAACAAGAUACUCUAACCUGUUAAGCUGGGACAAUGACAGCUGCUGGUCAUUGUGACCUGGCUUUGCAG